UUUUUGGCAUCCACUUCUCACUAGCAUUGUGCCCUUGAAGAGCUGCUGAGGCUGUAGAAAUUCCUUUGCUGACAAACAUACUGUUAUCUUUCAGGAGCCUGUUUGGUUUUUAAAUUUUCUUGGGAAGAAAAUGGCUUUCUUAAUGAAAAGCAUGUUGAGCAACCAGGUAAAGAAUUUAGGACUUGGUGGUGGAGGUGAGGAAAGCAAAGAAGAAAGUGGCCCUUCCGACCCAGCUGCAGCAGCAGGAAUGACUAGAGAGGAAUAUGAGGAAUAUCAAAAGCAAAUUGUUGAGGAGAAGAUGGAGAGAGAUGCAGCAUUUGCACAAAAAAAGGCAGAGAGAGCCUGUCUGAGGGUUCAUCUGAGAGAAAAGUACAGGCUUCCUACGAGUGAAAUGGAUGAGAAUCAGAUACAAAUGGCUGGUGAUGAUGUGGAUUUACCGGAAGACCUUCAGAAAAUGGUGGCAGAAGAUCAAGUAGAAGAAGAAGACAAGGAGUCUAUCCUUGGACAGUUACAGAACAUUCAGAAUAUGGAUAUAGACACUAUUAAAGAAAAAGCUCAAGCCACUUUCAUUGAAAUAAAGCAAGCAGCUGAACAGAAAUGUUGUGUCAUGUAAAAAAAGAAACCAGGGCUUGAGAGUUUUUGCAACCCAUAUGAAUUUAAUACUGUAUCAUAGGAGUUGCUGCACGGUACAAGCAAAAUUGAUGCCAUAUAGUUCCAAAGCAGUAUGUGUACGUGUAUAUAUAUAUAUAAUAUGAGAGAGAGAGAGACUUCUAAACCUCCAGUUUUAAAUCAAUGUAGGAGAUGUACCUGCUUAAAUCACACUAAC